UAAUUUGAAAAUGAACUUUGAUAUUUAAUAUUAAAAAAUAAAAAAAUAGCAAACGUACAUGUUAUGCUGGCACAGGUGGAAGUUUUAUUUUUCCCACUCAACUCUUCUAAACCGGAGUUGGCAAAAAGAAGAAGAAAAUGGUGAAGAUCAAGCGUUCAUACACUGUAGCCCCAUCCGAGACAACACCAACCACAACACUCUCUCUUUCUCUCUGUGACCAAAUCAAACUCUCUAAUCAUGGAUACCAACUUUAUCUCUUCAUAAACAACAAUCAUUCUCAUUCUCAUUCUCCACCAUCAAUACACACUCUCCUAACCUCUCUCUCCAAAACACUCACUCACUACUACCCUUUUGCUGGUCGAUUAAACUAUACUCACAAAAACCACUUUUUACAACUCCACUGCAAUAACAAAGGUGCACUCUUCUUACAAGCCACUUCAGAUCUCACUUUCAAAAAUCUAGGUAAUUUCGAUUCCACCCAUGUUGUCCAAAAACUCCUCCCAAAAAUUAACUAUGAUGUCCCUAUUGAACAUGUUCCUUUGCUAGUUGUUCAACUCACUGAAUUCCCUUGUGGCUCCCUCACUCUUGCCGUUGCUCUUUCUCGUUCUCUUGUUGAUGGUGCUUCUGUUUCCAAUUUCAUCAAUUCAUGGGCUAAGCUUGCUAAAGGUCAAAACUUUAACUCAACUUUGCCCCCUUUUCUUGAUAGAACUUUGUUAGAUUCAAAGAUCCUUCAUAAACCGCCACGUUUUCAACACCAUGAGUUUUCUCCACCACCCCUUUGGGAAGAAGAUAGUAAUAACAUGCUACAUAGGAUUAAAAAACCACUUUAUGAAACUACCAUGUUGAAAAUCACCAAAAACCAAGUUGAAAAGCUCAAGAACAAAGCCAACAAUGAAAAAAACAAGGUACGAGGUUAUACUAGUUUUGAGGUUAUUUGUGGUUAUUUAUGGAGGUGUGUUUGUAAAGUGCGUUUUGAAGGAAAUUGGAAACAACCAACGAGGUUAACAACUUUGGUUAAUUGUAGAAAAAGGUUGAAUCCACCUUUGCCUAAGAAUUAUUUUGGGAAUGCAACUUUUCCUACGGUGACAAAAACUUGUUCAUUUGAUGAUGUUGUGCACAAACCUUUAGGUAAUGUGGUUGGGAAAGUGAGGGAAGCUGUUGAAAAGAUGAAUGAUGAGUAUGUAAGAUCUGUUCUUGAUUAUAUAGCUAAUGAGAAAGAUAUGAAUUUGUUGAAGGAUAGGUUUUAUAACUUUGCUAAAAAUAAGGGACAAUUUGGUGGUGACCCUAAUUUGUAUGUUGUUGGUUGGACUAAUUUUCCUUUUUAUGAGAAUGAUUUUGGAUGGGGGAAACCUGAUUAUUUGGUUCCUGGGAUAAUUAAUUCUGAUGGUAUUGGUAAGGCUUUUGUUGUUGACGAAGGAGUUGGUGGUGGUGGUGGUUUUUUGGUAACUGUUUGUUUGCAACCUUUGCAUUUAGAUGCUUUGAAGAAAUUGUUUUAUGAGGAUAUUGAGAUGAUUAGUAGUUCCAAACUGUGAUGACUAUUCUGUCAAAGAAAUUAAGGUUUAAUGAUGUGAUUAGGGGCUGUUUAAAUUUUGCUUGUGUUUGUGUUGUUUCUUUUCAUCUAAUAAAAUUGUUUGAUUAGCAUAUCAACGUUGGUAUUAACAUUGAUUUAGUAUCACUCAUGUCAAGUUGAGAUAUUGGUUUUGAUUC